AUGUUCAGGCUCUUCGCUCAUGCUCAGCAACUGCACAAGCCCCAAGCGCACCGUCGAGCCUUGCAAAGCUCGGCGAGGCUGCAUCGGCCAGAGUCGGUCCUCAUCGUCAAAAAGAGGAACGAUGACAAAACCCUGGCGGCUUCAGACGCCCUCAUCACUUACUUGCAGCACAAAUAUCCUCAGACGAGCGUAUCUAUAGAAGAGGAGGCAUCAGCCUCUGGCACACAGAGCGCGCAUGGCACAUUGAAGCUCCACAGAGCUGGCGAGAUGCCAGAUUUGGUGGUAGCCUUGGGCGGCGAUGGCACCUUGCUGCAUGUUUCAAGCUUAUUCGCCGAGGGGCGUGCACCGCCAGUGUUGGCUGUCUCGCUCGGCACGCUGGGCUUCCUCAUGCCGCAUAGCGUUGGCAAGCUCGAACGGAUGCUCGACAACAUCAUUGCCGACAGAUUUCGCCUGCUACCUCGUAUGCGGCUGCGCUGCGACGUUUUCGACGCUUCAGGCCGGCGUACAGAUCGUUUGCAUGGCUUGGGCGAGUAUCUGCGAUCACUUGCCAUGAAUGAAGUCGUACUGCAUAGGGGCAGACAUCCACACCUGACAAUCAUAGAUAGCUUCGUUGACGGACAACAUCUCACAGAAGCUGUCGCAGACGGAUUGAUCGUCGCGACGCCGACAGGCUCAACGGCCUACUCGCUCUCGGCUGGUGGCCCCAUUGUCCAUCCUCACGUCCAGUCCAUGCUCUUGACGCCGAUCUGCCCGCGCAGUCUCAGCUUCAGAAGCGUGCUUCUUCCCGCCAAAUCCUGUGUGCAACUCAGGAUUUCGCCCAAGUCCCGUUCGCCAGCCGAGCUCUCGCUAGAUGGCAGAGACGUCAAGCUCAUCACGCCCGGCGAAUAUCUGGCCAUCUCAAUGUCAGAUUGCCCUCUGCCGUGUAUCGAUACGGCCGAUCUUGCUAGUGACACCUCACGAGAAUCAGACCUGCAACACUCUUGUGGUCGGUUGGAGCCUGACGCGCACGCUACACCCCGUGAUGGCUGGAUCAGCGACUUGAACUCCAUGCUCUCUUUCAACAAGUCCUUUGCGUCAAAAGAGGUUCUGUGA